AUGCUAAGUAACGCUGUCACAAUCGUCGUGGUUUUAAUCUCCUUUAUUAUGUUACCACUCAAGAGAUACGCGCCUUUUCGUAGGUGGCUAGCUGCUAAAGUCGAACAGGCUUUGCUUAAGACGGUAUCCCCCUCAUUUAACGGUUCCGUACAAUUAGCACAUAACUUCAAGCUAUGCCAAGCAGACGAAAACUUUGAAACCGGAGAACCGUUAAGUAAACUGGUCGAGGCCUUAGGACACUUCCGCGAGUAUGAACAGCGAGCUUUGAGCCAGAAUGCCCAAUUAUUCACACGAACUAAAGAAUUGGAUGUAAGCACGCAACUUCAAUUGCAAUCUCUGGAAUACUUCAAUAAGCUUGAAUUGGUCAAUACCUCAAUCACAUCAAAUUCUGCCACAAUUAAGUUACUCGUAGAGUAUACUUUGAGCACCCUGCACGCUCAGAACCCAGAAUAUUUGAAGGAUCUUGAAACUGUUGGUAAGCGCCUAGGCUACCGGGUACAUGCAAAGAACCCAGCUAUCGUAGAAGAAACUGAAAAAGUUGUAUUACCUGGCUAUAAAUCAAAGCAAAGCAAAGUGAUACAGUCUACAAGUCAUAUUUUGCGGGACUGGCAUCCUGAUUAUGCUGUGGAACGGAAACCGUUGAUUAACUAUAUUACAGAAAACCUUAGCGGGAUACCACAGAACAAUCGAACUUUGGUUUUAAUCCCUGGCUCUGGUUGUGGAGGAAUUGCUUGUCAAAUUGCAAUGAAAUUUCCCUAUAUGGAAGUAAAUUCCAUUGAACUCGAUCCCUUUAUGUACCUCUGCAACGAAUUUGUUCUAGGGUCCAAGAAGAAUAUUUCCUUGAGACCUUUCGCACAAGACUUCAGUAACCACGGUGAUGCAGAAACCCAAGUUAAAGAAUUCAAACUCAAUUUAUCAGACCUUAACAAACCAAAAAACUUGAAGACACAUUGGGGCGACUUUACCAAAUUUAUUCCGCAAAGUGAUUAUGAUAACGUUGUUGUGGUCAGCGUAUAUUUUAUUGACACAGCUGAAAAUAUUUUUACCUACUUUGAAGCUAUAGAAAGGAUGAAAAAGUACUGUAAUAAUUUAAGCUGGAUAAAUAUUGGUCCUUUGAAAUAUGGUACGAGACCACUUGUUCAAUUUACUGUGGAAGAACUCGCAGCUCUGCGACGCAUUCGCGGUUGGACGGACAAAAAUGCCAAGGUUACCAAAAAAUGUCAAAACGGUUAUGUUACAAACUACAAUUCCUUAUUUCAAGCAUAUUAUGGAUUAGUGAGUUUUUAUUCAGUAUAUAAAUAA